AUGGAGAAGCUGGUUGCUUGUCCAUACAAAAGGCAAGAUGCUUUCUGUAGGCUGAUUUGUUUUCUGUGGGCUGGAGGCGGAACUUCUCAACUUGCUUACUGGAGCAACUUCAGCAGCUCAAUUGAAGUGUCCUGUAUAAGGCUUCCUGGAAAAGAAUCUCGUCGUAAGGAGCCUUUUGCGAAAGACAUGACAACCAUAGUUAAGGAAGUUACAAGUGUUUUGUUAGAAGAAUUGCAAGAAAAAACAUUUGCAUUUUUUGUUGCAGUUGCACUACACUUGAAAGAAAAGUAUGGACUAGAGCCAAUCCAUCUUUUUGUAUCAGGGGCACACGCCCCAAACAUAAGUUACAGAAUCAUUAAUAACAUAUGUAAUACGAAAGAUGAGGACAUUCUUACAUACAUGCAAAUUUUAGGUGGACUUCCUUCUGAGCUUCUGAAAAGUGAAGUCGCUAAGAAACAGCUUACUUUGAGAGAAGACUUGAGAGUUCUUCAGACAUUCAGUUUUGAGAAGGCAGAAAGGAAUAUCUCCUUCUCUUGUGAUAUUACCUGCUUUAAUGGGUCUGAAGAUAAAUCACAUGACUUAGAAGCCUGGCACGAUCUAACAAGUGGAGAUGUUUCCUUUUACAAGCUUCCUGGAGGUCACUUUUACCUGCUGAAACCCUCUAAUGAAAUUUUAUUGACAAAACACAUAACAAGAUAUAUAAAAAAUGCUGGUCUGUGA